AUGGCACGCUGCCAAGCUGGACAAGUGGAAGCUAGACAAGCUGCGACCGUUGAGACUUUCCCAGGAACCAAAUCGCGCCCGGUCCUUGCAUUCUUAGGUUGUGGGCUGGUGAUCGUUCUAAUGCAUAAAACCGUCGAGCCGCUGUCUCGCCGUUCGGAAAGACGCCGUCCAUCAGACGACGGCUUCCUAUCGUCCCUCGUGUCCAUGACGGAGCCUCACCCAGUAUAUGGCCUUGCCGUCUCCCGUCCGAAGAAUUCGAGAACGAUCACGGUUCAUCCUAGCUCCCUUGAUCCUUACUGUCGCCAACGCAAUCCCGCCUCGUCACCCGCUCAAAGAGAAAGAGUCCGGCUUCAUGCUACAUCAGCCAGGAAUGCAUAUAUAGACCUGCCCUCUGCUUGCUCUUGUCCUCCUCCUCAGCACCAUCAUCAUCAUCAUCAACAACAACAACAACAACAACAACAACAACAACAACAACAACAACAACAGCAACAACGAACAACGACAACAACAACAGACAUUGACCACUCGGACAAUCUACAAGCACACUUGAACCCAUACGCUUCCACGACCUUGAACACCUCGACACUUCUUCACUCCACUUCCUACAACCCCAUAAUCUUACUUUGAACCUGGAAACACGACAAAAAUGUGCCACACAGUCCCCGCCCACGCUUGCCACUACAACAUGAACAAGCCCGAGCAGCAGGAACUGGUCAACCGGCAGGGACAGGGAGCCUUGGUUGACUUUGCCAAUCUUCCCGGUGUUCGUUG